AUGAAGGUUGUUUCGGUUCUUGUCCUGGCUAACCUUGCUGCUGCAGCUGUCAGAGACUCCGAGAUCAUUGCUUCCCAGGACGAGAUUGCUCGGGAUGUCGAAGGCAUUGCGAAAAGCGCCACGCUCGCUGAAAGAGAUGAAGACGAUGUUCUUCCCCAAUCCUUUUCUCUCAAUGAGAGUGACGAGAAAGAUGAAGAAGAUGAGCUAAGUAGACGUGACAUCGGAAUAGAUGGGUCACUUGGAGAAAUUGUGGCGCGUCAAGCAAAGAGCGAUGCGGGUGGAGGAGGCAAGAAUAACAGCGGGGGCAAGAAGAAGAACAACGGGAAGGCAAUUGAGAAAGCAACCUCUGGCAACAGCAACGAUCAGAAGAGAAAUAGAAAAAAGAACAACACCGAGAAGGAAAACGGCAAAGCGAAUGCUGGGGGAAAAAAGGACAACAAAGGGAAGGAUAAUGGGAAAUCUAACGCUGGAAAGAAGAACAAUAGUACGGCGGUGGACGACGGAAAGUCCAAGGAUAAAGGUGCAAAAAACGGGAAGAAGAAGGGCGAAAAUGGCAAAAAGGCCAACCUCUCUACAAGCGCUGGUGCCGCAGCUGCUGGAGCCGCCUGA